AUGGCUGUCCAGACCCCCAAACAACGCAUAGCCAACCAGAAAUUUGCCAAGCGUAAUGAGAAAAAGCUAGGCAAGGCCAAAAAGACGGAAUCUAAGUCCCCGCUGGCUCUGUCCAAGGGUUGGGUUUUUGGCCUCCUCUUCCUACUGAUAGGAGGUGGUAUCUUAGAAUUGGUGACCCUUUUUUUGUGA